AUGCUCCUCCAACGCCUCGGACUGCGUGCCCUCCGGCCAACCCGGCCUAUGAUGAGGGCGCGGGCAUACGCGACAUCCCGGCCCCCACCCUCACCCAACGACGAGCCAGUCCGCGGCCAGGAACCGCCCCUUCCCACCGAGGCGACACCGCAGGACGCAACUGUGCCGCCGAUGUAUCCCAACGCCCCGCCCGUGCGGGGCGAGCAGCCGCCUCUCCCCACGGAGGAAGACAGUUCCGCAAGCGCGGCUGCUCCUCUGGCUGCGAGCGGUCAGGCAGCCCCAGCUCACGAAGCUACCUGGGGCCAGGAGUCGCCGCUCCCAACACCUUCGACGGCCAAGGAUGACACGGUCUACCCACGUACGCCGCCAGAGCCACCUCGCGGACAAGAGCCGCCCCUCCCAGGAGAAGCCGUGCAGGCACCGUUCACGGCGGCGCCUGUCGCACCUGUGCGCCAGGAACAACCUCCCCCGCCGCCCGCUCAGUCCCAGAAGCAGGCCCCGCCGCCCGCUCAGCCGCAGGAGCAGGCCCCGCCACCUCCGCCGCCCCCGCCGCGCAAGAAGCGGGCGUCCACAAAAAUGCUCCUCGUGUUCUUCCUAGGAGGUGUACUCGGUUUCGCUUACGUGCCGUGGUACCGGAGAGUGAAGCAAGAGUCACAGGCACUCGAGGCGAUUCUUGUUGAGCGCGAACGGGCUGGGGAGAAAUACAUUGAGGGCCAGAACGCGCGCGGACAGUACAUUCUCAAAUCGAAUCCAGAAACGUCGAAGCGUGAGGUGUAG